UCAACAACAAAACAAUCAAAAUGUUCAAAUACUUCGCUGUCGUUUUCGUGGCCCUCUUCGCCUGCGCUGCUGCCGAACCUAAACCCAGUGUCAUCGCCGCGCCAUUGGCUUACUCCGCCCCAUUGGUCGCCUCGCCCUAUGCUGCCGCCUAUGCCGCCCCAUACGCUGCUUACGCCGCUGCUCCUUAUGCCGCCUACGCUUCACCCUAU